AUGUCUUCUCUGCCAGAGCAUGGCAGAGCUGCAGACCCACCCGCUCUGCCUCCCCGUCACACAGGAGGUUCAACUGCGUCCGGGCCGCCGUUGCCUCCACGUCACACCGAGGGCGCUACCACGGAUGUCGUUCCUCCUCUCUUGGCUACUGGCGGCUCACUACAUCAGCCCUCGUCCGGCAUUGGCGGCAUUGGCUCGCAGCCUCCUCCAGUCCCUGCUCGCAGCGAAGCCGGCUCUGUUUCCACCCAUCGAGUGCCGCCUCCCCUGACAGCUUCGUCUACUACUGCUCUGAAUUACUGGGACCCUAGCUUCUUGAGGACUGGUCACGCAAGUCAAGGUCAGACGCCUGGCGCGCCGUACGCAGUGGUGCUGUUGAAUCAAGUCAUUGCAGAUCAUCAGAAAGAGCUCUUCAAGAAGGUUUGGACCGGGGCUCAAGUGCGAAUCUGCGCUGACGGCGGUGCUAAUCAGCUGCUCCACACCUUUGGGUCCGAGCUGAACUCUACCCUGCCCAUGCCAAACGCCAUCGUGGGCGACUUUGACUCUCUCACUCCCUCUAGCCGCUCCUACUUCGAGUCAGCCAACGUCCAUCUCGCUCAUCGUCCCAGCCAGUACGCAACGGAUCUGGGGAAGAGCAUCCAGUGGCUCGAAGACUGGGAGCAGACGCACGAGCAGCUGGAACUCGUCAUCUGGGGCGGUCUCUCCGGUCGCAUGGACCAAACGGCGCACACUUUGCACGUACUCUGGAAACUCUGCCCCUCUCUGACUUCGACGUGGGUCGUAGGAGAUGAGAGUCUCGUCUACCUGGUCCCGGCUGGGGUCCACAAGCUGAGGCACCCGAGACCUGCGCUGGGCGUCUGCUGUGGUAUUUUACCCUUGGGCGUAGAGGCUAGCGGGGAUAAAGUCGGUGCGAGAGUCAAGACGCAGGGCCUGGAGUGGGACCUUGAUCCCUCUCAACCUCAAUCCAUGGGCGGCUAUCUCUCCACCUCGAACCACGUGCUAGGUGCUGAGAGUAGCGAAGUCACCCUCGAGACGGACAAGCCCAUCUACUGGAGCAUCGAAUUUGCCUCUUCUUCUGGGUCUGACUUUGUAUCAACGGCAGGUACCCAGCAGGCACGCGGGAGCCAACAGACCGGUGCAGCUCUUGGAGUUGCCGCUGCUGGGCUCUAUUCGUCGGCCGAUCCAUUCGCCGAUCAUGUCAACGUGCCCAGCUCGCCCUCCCACGGUCGUCGCGAUUCGCGCACUACCCCUGGUGGGGUCUCUGGCGCUGGCUCUACCUACCUUUCCGGUCGCGAGGGCGAGACCAACAAUGAAGCCAUCGAGGAUCUCGGUGCCGAUUCUGCUCCCCCUGGUCCAACCGUUGCCGAAACGGGGCAGGUGAUCCCUUCUUCCCCCUCUGGACCAGGACCACUUUCGGGAACACUCCAGCCUAGGAGACGCUCUAGCGCUUACAGAGCUGGCAACCCAAUCUCUCCUGGUAUGAGUCCCAGCCAGAGCCAGCUUGGUACCGCUGGAGCGGGGGUCCUCUCUCCUUCUCUACCUGCACGACCGGUGACACAGAGGGUGUCUUCUGACUAUGGCGAGGGACAAGGGCAAGGGCAGGGACAAGGACCGGUAGGCAAUACGACUCCGGCGUACCUCCCACCUCCGCACGCUUCGCCCCUCUCCUCUGGUAGUGUACGACCAGAAGUAUUGAGAGUCCCUUCUGCAGACUUUGUCAGUAGAGGUGGUGGUGGUGCUGGUGGUGGUGGUGGUGGUGUAGGGCAGGGAACGGGGCAGGGCUACGGUGCAUCUACUGGUACAAGUCCCGGAGUGAGCACGGCCACGGGAGCAGCUCCUCCCCUCAGUGGUGGCGGCAGCUCGGAUGUAGGGUCGGUCCCUGGUGGGUUCCCCUCUUCACCGUACUCCUCUAGCAACCCUGCUGGUAAACCCACUAGCGAAGGCACUAGCGGAGACAGCGGAACAGGUGGUGCAGCAGGUGCAGCAGGUGGGGCAGGUGGUGUGGGUCUUGCCCUCGCUGCAGGUAUUUCACAUCACUCCACUGAUGGUGCAAGUACCGAUGGUGGUGUGAGAGCUAGGAUCAGACGCGAUGGCACCAUCACUCGUCGGGGUGUGGACAGUGAUUUUGAUCAAGCGGAGAGUGAGCAGUUGCCCCCUUAUACGGAGAUGUAAAUGAGUAGGUAGGAGAGAGGGAGUUGGAAGGGUUCUCAUAGGUUCUCAAUCGAAAGCACUGCUGCACAUCACUCCUGUUCAUAUGUUGCCACUCAAAGACUCAUGUAGGAACGAAUCAUCAGAAAUGCAUUCUUCUCACUGGCAGUAAUUUG